GUAAUGGAUGAAUUUUGUUAUCCUUGCCUGGUUCUCUGGAUCGGAUGCUGGAGUCUCGCCAGACAAGCGGUUGCCCUGCCGCCCGUCAUACGCAUCGGUGCGAUGUUCACCGAGGAUCAGAGAGAAGGCCCGACAGAGGUGGCGUUUAAGUACGCCAUCUACCGCAUCAACAAAGACGUGCACCUGCUGCCCAACACGACGCUGCUAUACGACGUGCAAUACGUGCCUCGUGACGACUCCUUCCACACGUCAAAGAGAGCGUGUGAGCAGAUCCAGUACGGCGUACAGGCCGUGUUCGGCCCCUCAGACAGCCAGCUCGCCACUCACAUCCAGUCCAUCUGCGACGCCCUGGACAUCCCUCACCUCGAGUCCAGGCUGGACCUGGAGCCCGAGUUCAAAGAGUUCUCCAUCAACCUCUACCCUUCCCACGACGCCGUCAAUCAGGCCUUCCAGGACGUCAUGAACUUCCUCAACUGGACCAAAGUCGCCAUCAUCUACGAGGAAGAUAUCGGUUUAAUCAAGCUGCAAGACCUGGUGAAGACGCCACCUAAGGAACACAUGGAGUUCCUUCUGAGACAAGGAUCCCCUGCCACCUACCGAGAACUGCUUAAAGAGAUCAAGAACAGAGAGAUAUACAACGUCAUCGUCGACACCAAGGCUGAAAACAUGAAUCACUUUCUCAGAGGAAUUCUGCAGCUACAGAUGAAUGACUACAAAUACCACUACCUCUUCACAACUUUUGACAUCGAGACCUUCGACUUGGAGGACUUCAAGUACAACUUCGUGAACAUGACGGCGUUUAGGCUGGUUGAUUCGGACCAUUACAGCGUCCGGCAGGUCCUAAAAGAUAUGGAAUCCUUCCAGCCUAUAGGACAGCACAUCCUUAACAGGUCUCGAGUUAUACAGGCAGAGCCGGCGCUGAUGUACGACAGCGUGCACGUGUUCGCCUUGGGGCUGCAGGCGCUGGAGCGCUCGGCCACCCUCCUGCUGGCGAACCUCAGCUGCCACCUCGAGCACCCGUGGGGCGACGGCUCCUCUCUCUUCAACUACAUCAAUUCGGUCGAGUUCCGAGGCGUGACCGGCCCGAUACAGUUCAAGGAGGGGCGGCGCAUGAACUUCAAACUUGACCUGCUGAAGCUGAAGCAGCAUUCCCUGGUUAAGGUGGGUGAGUGGUCGAGCAACGUGGGUGUGAACAUCACAGACCGAGCAGCCUUCUACGACUCAGGCACCAUGAACGUCACGCUACUCAUCACCACUAUACUGCAGCCGUUCAUUAUGAUGAGACCUGGCAAGAACUACACCGGCAACAACCGCUUUUUCGGCUUUUGCGUUGAUCUUCUGAACGAAAUUUCGAAGCACGCAGGCUUCGACUACAUCAUGGAGCUGUCCCCCGAGGGGGUUUACGGGGCUAUGAACCCCAUGACGGGCGAGUGGAACGGAAUCGUCAAGCAGCUCAUUUCUGGCCAAGACCCGUACGUGAUGUUGGCCGGGGAUGCUAACGUGACGGGCAACGCUCGCUACAAGGGCUUCUGCAUCGACAUGCUCGAGAGCAUCGCGCGGAUGUCGGGCUUCCAGUACGUCAUCCGCCCCAACCCGCAGCGCGUGUAUGGCAUCCGCGACGCCAAGACCGGAGAGUGGAACGGCAUCGUCAGAGAGCUCAUGGAGAACAAAGCGGACUUGGCCAUCGGCUCGAUGACCAUCAACUACGCCAGGGAGAGCGUCAUAGACUUCACCAAGCCCUUCAUGAACGUGGGCAUCAGUAUACUCUUCAAGGUGCCGACGCGCGAAGAGACGCGCCUGUUCUCCUUCAUGAACCCUCUGGCCAUCGAGAUCUGGCUGUACGUCCUGGCCGCCUACAUCCUGGUCUCCAUCACCAUGUUCAUCGUCGCCAGGUUCUCGCCCUACGAAUGGCACAACCCGCAUCCGUGCGCCCGCGACAGCGACGUCGUCGAGAACCAGUUUAGCCUCAGCAACUCCUUCUGGUUCACAAUCGGCACCCUCAUGCAGCAGGGUUCAGACCUCAACCCUAAGGCAUGCUCGACCCGCAUCGUGGGCGGCAUCUGGUGGUUCUUCACUCUGAUCAUCAUCUCGUCGUACACCGCCAACCUCGCCGCCUUCCUUACCGUCGAACGCAUGAUCACACCCAUAGAAGAAGUAGACGACCUCGCCGCACAAACGGACAUUUCCUACGGACUCGUCAAUUCUGGUUCCACGAUGACAUUUUUCAGGGACUCUAUGAUCGAGACGUACCAGAAGAUGUGGCGGUUCAUGGAGAACAAGAAGCCGUCGGUGUUCGUGCGCAGCUAUGACGAAGGCGUGCGUCGUGUGCUGGACGGGAACUACGCGUUCCUGAUGGAGUCUUCACUACUGGACUACUACGUGCAGCGUAACUGCAACCUUACGCAGAUCGGGGGUCUGCUAGACUCCAAGAGCUACGGCAUCGCAACGCCCAUGGGCUCGCCGUGGCGGGACAAGAUCUCGCUGGCAAUCCUGGAGCUGCAGGAGAAGGGCGUCAUCCAGAUGCUGUACAACCGCUGGUGGAAGGACACCGGCGACACCUGCAACCGAGAGGACAAGAACAGCGAGAGCAAAGCGUCCGCACUCGGUGUCGAUAAUAUCGGUCAGUUGGUCGCACAAAAACAAGACGAAUUGUUGACGGCCGCGAAGCAAAAACUUACGGAAGCCGAGCUUGAGAAAUUAAAUGUGGACCAGCAAGCAAAAGAAAGUGAGGAGAAGCUGUCCUGCUUGCGUGCCCAGUGCGACCAAAUCGCCGCCCGUAAAUGCAAAGCUCAAGAAGCGCUGUUCAGCGCCAAAUACCGCCACAGGACUGUCGUCAAAGGGCUCCAGGACUACCAAGCGAUCUUGACCAGGAAGCGUCGUGAGCUGAAGUUACUGAAGCAGCAAACAAGUGAACGUGAGGCCGAGAUUCGUCGGCUGCAGAGCAAGCAGCUCGCUUGUUAUCAAUCGCUGUGCUCAGAGAUGGGCGAGGAGCUGUGCUUCGCUGUGCGCUGCCGCGGGUCGCGGCGCCGUCCUGCCCUGCGUCGCCAGUGCGACCAAUGCCUGGCCGGCGCCUGCAUGGCCUCCCCUCCACCUCUGCCCCUCCCCCUCCCUCUGCCCUUCAACGGGGAGCCUUGUCCCCUGGACAUCGUCAGGAGAUCGUCCCUGAUGAGCCAGCGUCUGCAGCACAGCCUCUACGAGGCAGACCAUCCCGGGCUACGGUAGACCUGCCGACACAAUAGUCUAUAUCUCAUUAAUAUCAUAAGUAUACCAUUAAUUUGUACGGAAUUAUAUGGAUAGAUUCAAUAUUUGUAUUUAUCUCAGUAAUGUUCGCUCCUAUUUAGUUUUGCAAAUAAAAGGAACAAAUUUUUCAAAGCUCGAAGUCGUUAUGGCAUUCGGCAUUGUGGAGACAUUUAGCCCCAUUUAAUUACCUUCUGUACCUUUAACUGUCAAGUCCCAUUGCCCACCUCAACACAGUCUCUGUAUUACCUUUGCGUUAAUACCUACGAAUUUAUUCAUUCAAUUCAGGAAAUUCUUUACCGUUUAUUAGGAAAGAAUAGAAAGAAAAUGUUCAACUUACCUCCGGACAUGUUAAUUAUAACGGCAUAUCUAAUGGCGUUAGUGCCAUGGGCUAAUAGUGUCAUGGGCUACUAGUGUCAUGGGCUACUAGUGUCAUGGGCUACUAGUGUCAUGGGCUACUAGUGCCAUGGGCUACUAGUGUCAUGGGCUACUAGUGUCACGGGCUACUAGUGUCAUGGGCUACUAGUGUCAUGGGCUACUAGUAUCCUGAGCUACUAGUGUCAUGAACUACUAGUGUCAUGAGC